UGUGAGCGUGCCGUCUGAGACUGAGAUUAAUAUAUGAAAUUCAAUUGCCUGUUUUUACUUACUAAUUCUGAUGUACUGCGGGAGAAUAUGGUUCCUGUAUUACUUUUUCUGCGUUUAUGGUUGUGGCAUUUGGAUGGUGUGUUUGGUGUUGAUACAGAUAAAGUGAAGUCAGUGUCAGUGAUGGAGGGAGAUUCUGUCACUUUACACACUGAUGUUACUGAAAUACUGAGAGAUGAUGAUGUUAUAGAGUGGAUGUUUGGAGCUCAGAAUCCAGAUACUGUUAUAGCAGAAAUCAACAGACCAGCAAAUAUAAUCUCAAUAAUGGACGAACAGUUCAGAUUCAGACUGCAGCUGAACAAUCAGACUGGAGAUCUCACCAUCACAAACAUCAGAACCACAGACACUGGACUUUAUAAAGUAGAGAUCAUCAUAAACACAACACCAGUCAAGAUAUUCAAUGUUACUGUUUAUGCUCUUCUGCCCAUUCCUGUGAUCACCAGUAACUCUUCUCAAUGUUCUUCAAGCUCUAAAUGUGUGUUGGUGUGUUCAGUGGUGAAUGUGACACAGGUGACUCUCUCCUGGUACAAAGGAAACAGUUUAUUCUCCUCCAUCAGUGUGUCUGAUCUCAACAGCAGUCUCUCUCUACCUCUGGAGGUGGAAUAUCAGGAGAACAACAUCUACAGCUGUGUGAUCAACAAUCCCAUCAGAAACCAGACUCAACAUCUCAACAUUACUGAAGUCUGUCAGCCGUGUUCUUCAGAACUCUCUGUAUCUCUGAUAGUGCUGAUUUCAACUGCUGCUGAAACUCUAUUGAUUGUGGCGGCAGUUUUGAUGUUCUGCAUCUGCAGGAAAUGUAGAAAAACACAUAAAGAGGUUCAGACUUGUGGAGAAGAGAUAACUUACGCAGAUCCAACGUUCUAUAAAAGAAAAGCACAGAAAGCGAAAGUUCAAGAAGCGGAUGAGGUGGUGUAUGCAGGCUUAAUGAGAUGAUAAUCAAACGCUCUUGAUUCGGUUUCCUCAAAAAUGAGGUUCUGAUCACAGUAUGUCUGUUUUUCCUCUGUAUUUUCAGAUAUGCUUUUAUUUGUGUUCUGUGACAUUAAGAAAUUGUCCAUACAAUUUAAUUGAAUUACAUUUUU